GAAAGCGGUGGAUGGAAAGUCGACACCUCGUACAUCGGCUACCGCACCGGCGACACGGGGAACCUGACAAGGAAAGAGGCGACCGAGCAGGGAGCUGACUACGCAGACCCGGCGGAGCGGAAGUACCGCCACGAGGAGCUGCGGGUUAGCAACGGCCGGCCGCAGGAUGUGGACCCAGCCAGGAGGGAGCUCUAUCUGUCGGACGAGGAGUUCCAGGCCGUCUUCGGCAUGGCCGUGGCCGACUUCCUCAAACAGCCGAAGUGGAAGCAGCAGAAUGCGAAGAAGGCCAAAGACCUCUUCUGA